AUCCUGCUGUCCCAUUUUUACCCUUGGUUUAAAUUAAAAUUCUCAAUUUUAUCCUUUCGUUUUUUCAACUUUAUUCGACGCGUAAAGUCAUAGCACCUUCGAUUUCGCUUCUUCAGUGUUUCUUUUUUGCUCUUCCAAGUCACGUAUCUUCUCUUCCCCUUCGAUGAAUUUUUAGUUUUAAAUUUAAAUUCAUUAAAAAUCGACAAGUGGAUAGAUUUUGUUUUCGUAUGUAAGACUGUUGUUUUUUUGGGGGGUGAUUUUGAUUUCUGAAUUUAGAAAUUGACCGUUUAAAGAAAUCGUUACUACUUAAUACUGCUAGCGUUUUAAAAAAAAAAUCCAGAAAAUUUUGGAUUCUUACGUUAUUCGAAUCAAAAUCUAUUGUUUUUCAUUUUUAAACAAGUUUUUAGAUUUUAUUCGGUUAGGAUUUUGCAGAGCUCGAGUUUCGAGGUGGAAAGUAUACGGUUAUGGAAUCAGAUCAGAGAGCAUAAUGGAGGGAAAACGACACUGUUUUGGUACUAAAGUUGAUACUAGUUCUUUUAAACUGAACCGCCAUUUUCGUUUCGAGGGAAAAGAAAACAAAACAAGCAGAAAUGAGAAAAUGAAUAGGCUUAUGGUUGUGAAAGGAUUGGCCUGAGCUUUAAUAUAUAUUUAGCAACCCCAACAACCUUGCUGUUAACUUGUAAACUGUCUUGCAUUUUUAGGAAAGCAAGGGGUGAGUAACAAGAAAAGUGGAGUAGGAAAAAAAAAAUGGGGGCAAUUGGUGGGGAGGAGUUAAAGCAGGUGGAGAAAGAACAGAAGGCGCAAACGGCAGGUGCUCGUGAGGAGAGGAUUCUUGUUGUGGUGAGGUUGAGGCCUUUGAGUGACAAGGAAAUUAUAGCAAAUGAAGUUGCUGAUUGGGAAUGCAUCAAUGAUAACACUAUCCUAUAUCGGAACACCCUCCGGGAAGGGUCCACAUUCCCGUCUGCCUAUACAUUUGAUAGAGUAUUUCGGGGUGACUGCUUGACAAAGCAAGUAUAUGAGGAAGGAGCCAAGGAGGUUGCACUUUCAGUCGUUAGUGGUAUUAAUUCUACUAUUUUUGCAUAUGGGCAAACUAGCAGUGGGAAGACGUACACCAUGACUGGAAUAACUGAGUAUACUGUCGCAGAUAUAUUUGACUACAUAAACAGACACAAGGAGAGAGCAUUUGUUUUGAAGUUCUCAGCAAUUGAGAUAUACAAUGAAGCAAUUAGAGACCUCCUAAGCUCAGAAAACACUCAACUUAAGCUGCGUGAUGAUCCUGAGAGAGGAAUCAUUGUGGAAAAAGUUACAGAGGAAGUGCUGAGGGACUGGAACCAUUUAAAAGAACUCCUAGCUAUUUGUGAAGCUCAAAGAAAGAUAGGAGAGACCUCAUUGAACGAGAGAAGCUCCAGAUCUCAUCAAAUUAUAAGAUUGACAAUUGAAAGCUCUGCUCGUGAGUUCCUAGGGAAAGAAAAUUCAACAACCCUUGCAGCAAGUGUGAAUUUUGUUGAUUUGGCUGGAAGUGAGCGAGCAUCUCAGUCAUUAUCCACCGGCGCAAGACUGAAAGAGGGUUGCCAUAUAAAUCGUAGUUUACUGACCCUGUCAACUGUUAUUCGCAAGCUAAGUAAAGGCAGACAGGGACAUAUCAAUUACAGAGAUUCUAAGCUGACACGCAUAUUGCAGCCUUGCUUGGGUGGUAAUGCCAGGACUGCCAUCAUAUGUACCUUGAGUCCUGCACGAAGCCACGUUGAACAAACCAGAAACACUCUUCUGUUUGCUUGUUGUGCAAAAGAAGUUGCUACAAAAGCGCAGGUCAAUGUGGUCAUGUCUGAUAAGGCCUUAGUUAAGCAUUUGCAAAGAGAAGUGGCCAGGUUAGAAAGUGAACUCAAGAGUCCUGUCCCUCCUCCAUCAAACAGUGACUAUGCAGCUUUACUGAGAAGAAAAGAUCUUCAGAUUCAAAAGAUGACGAAUGAUAUUAGAGAAUUGACCAAGCAACGUGAUCUUGCUCAAUCUCGGGUUGAGGAUUUGCUAAGUGUGAUCAGAAAUGAUAAACAUUCAGGACAGUCGGCAAGGAUCAAUUACCAACCUAAUCAACAAGAAGGGGAUGCAUGGGAAGAUGACUACUCAGCAUCGGAGUCAUCAUGUUUGGCUGAUUCUAAUCGGUUGGAUGUGCAUGUUGGAAAAUUUAAUUCCAUCCAUUGUUCUGACACAGAGAGUGGGAGCAAUAUUGAGCAGCCCUAUCAUCAGCCUCUGAACAAUCAUGAAGAUCAUUCCAUGUCUGUUUCUGGGCAAAGUCUUGAUGAGACUCUAGGUGAAACUGCUGAUGACCCUGAUGAAUACUGCAAAGAGGUUCAAUGUAUUGAGACAGAAGAACCAGCGAGGGAUUAUAAUUCUGACUCUCGUGGCUUACCAAACGGUGAAAGUGAAGGAACAUUGGCAUUGACAGUCUAUGGAGAUGGUGAUGGGACUGACCAGGAAGCAAUGUCUACCUCAAUGAAUGGAGAUAGAGAAGCUAAUCAUAUUCAAAAUGGUAUUGCGGUUGACUCAUUGGAGCAGAGACUCCAUCAUGUACAGAACACAACUGAUUCUCUUGUCAGCCCUGAUAAAUCAUCCCCAUACCCUCAGCUAGCAGAUUUGUCAAGUUCUAGAAGCCUGAAUUUGAGUAGGAGCUUGAGUUGUAGAGCAGAUGUCAUGAGGGGUACAUCUUCUCCUUAUGCCGACCGAAAACAUUUUGAAAGCACCCCGCCUAAUGGAUGGGAGAAAAUUUUUCCUGGAAGACCACAUGGUUAUGGAAAGAAUUUCCCUUUAUUAAAUUAUGGGGCCAAUAAUGGAGUGCUCUCAAGGAAUAAUUCUCAAUCUUCUCUUGGGAGUGCUUCCAUCAAGACUUCUGUGGAUGAGGAUAUAACUAGCAUUCAAUCUUUUGUUGCAGGAUUUAAGAAGCAACUUGCUAAUGGUCAGAUUCAGAGCACGGAACUUGAAGUAGAUGAGUCCAGAAAGAGUAUGAAAGAUGUAGGAUUGGACCCAAUGCAUGACGCAUCAAGCACUCCUCUGCAUUGGCCUCAGGAAUUCGAGAGGCUGCAGAGAGCAAUACUUGAACUUUGGCAAGCUUGCAAUGUUUCCUUGGUCCACAGAACAUAUUUCUUCCUGCUCUUUAAAGGUGAUCCAGCUGAUUCCAUUUACAUGGAGGUGGAGCUUAGGAGACUUACCUUCCUCAAAGAAUCAUUUUCUGAAGGAAAUCAAGCCGCAGAAGAUGGUCGCACUCUUACACUGGCUUCAAGUGUGAGAAGUCUUCACCGUGAGAAACAAACCUUGAGCAGGCUGUUGCGUAAAAGAUUUACGGAAGAAGAGAGAGAGAAAUUGUAUAAGAAAUGGGGCAUUGAGUUGAACUCGAAGCAGAGAAGGCUCCAGCUGGUGAAUCAGUUGUGGAGCAAUAACAAGGAUAUGAGCCAUGUAAAGGACAGUGCUGCCAUUGUUGCGAAGUUAAUUAGGUUCGUAGAGCAAGGAAAGGCCCUGAAGGAAAUGUUCGGGCUUAGCUUUACACCUCCACACCCAAGGCGAAGAAGCUAUGGUUGGAAAAACAGCAUGGCAUCACUUUUUUGAAAGCUUUUUGUUCAUGCCUACGUUACAACACAGGUUUAGAGGUAAUUUCUGGAAAAUUGUAGGCCAUUUAACAUUGUUUUUGUGAUUUAUUUUUUUGGGGGGGGGGGGGGUUAAAUAACAGAUUGUGAUGACCUUUCAUAAGGUGGUGUAAAAAUAUGUAUGUAAAAUCUUAACCGGAGUGGAUUAGAGAUUUUAAAUAUAAAUUGUUGGAUGUAAUUUUACAAACUUAUGAAGGGUUUGUUAUGUUCCGUGCUUUUCAAUUA